GUCGCGACGGUCGACGCGUUCCAGGGGCGCGAGAAGGACCUCGUGCUCGUGUCCUGCGUCCGCGCGCCCGCCUGCGGGAAGAAGGACCGGCCCCAGACCAUCGGCUUCCUCAAGGACCGGAACCGGCUCAACGUGCUCCUCAGCCGCGCGCGCCUCGGCUGCUGGGUCGUCGGCCACGGCGCGACGCUCAAACAGAACGGCGACUGGAAGGACGUCCUCAAC